UUUUGGAAAUAAAGUAGUAAGCGAAUAUUUACAUGUCUAACAUUAAUUAUAUCGGUUUUAAAUUUUUGAUUAAAAUAUUUACGUACAUAUUUGUUUAAAAAAUAUUCAAUAUGCUUAUGAUGUGUAGAGAGGAGUUACCCAACCCUCAUAGAAACUGCAUACAUGAUAUCCUAAAUACUCUUGUCUGUUAUGACAAUGAGUUGCGGCGCAUCAAUACCGAGUUACGCAAUUUAAAAUAUGAGCAUAAAAAGGAAACUGAAAAAUUAAAUUUUGGUUCGCCGGAGCUGAAUAAAACGGAGUGCAAAGGGUCUGAUACAAUUAUUAAUUUUACUCGGAAAAUAACCACGAUGCACGAUCUAAAUGAGUGUUUUUCGAAGAAAAUUGAAGAGCUGGAGAAAAAUCGUGAAGAAAUUAUCAGUGAUUCGCGGCAAUGCAUUUUAAGUUUAAAUGCCGAAAAGUGCAAAUUCCGACAGUUUCAUGAGAAAUCUGUCGAUUACUUAAAACGAUAUGCAAUCAAAUCCGAUGAUCCAACUGUCAUUAAUAAUUGUAAAAAAGAUAUUUGCGAAAUGCAUAAACUAUUUGUUAAAGAAAUUUCUUUAAUAAAUAAAUGCGAAACAGAGCUGCAGUCUUUUUUUCAGUUAUGCAAUCUGCAGAACAUAAGCAAUUGCUGUUGUUUUAAAGACUAUGAUUGGCUACCAAGAGGUAAAUAUCUUCAUGUGGUUGAUGAUCUCGCCGAUGAAAUAAAGUGUCUUAUGGGUACAACAAUAAGUAAAGCUUUUGCUCAGUUUCAUUAUCGACAAGCUUCAGAUAUUAAAUCUUUCCUGGCGGCAUACCUUAUGAAUUUAGAACAAAAUGAGCAAGUGCUUAAAGAAAAACUUAAUAUUUUUAGCAGCUUGACAUAAAUACAUUUCAAAUGUUACCCAAAUUCUUGCGAUUGACGUAAUAUAUAAAUCCACAAAACUAUUUUAUAAUGAUUGCAAUACUACAUGUAAAUAUGUAUGUACGUUAGGAUUGUUCUUUUUAAAAUAAUUUUCCGUAGGCUACCCUUUUGUUUGGUUCCAUUCUGGUAAAAAAAGAACUUUGUGGAAUUUGGUAAUUAAAAAUGCAAAAUAAACCAAAAAUCGCAUGAAAAUUCCAUAA